GCACGAAAGAAAAGAAACAGCAGGAAAGGGACGGAGAAAACGCGUAUAGAAAAGGAACGGAAUAGGGUGCACUGGUAAGCCUGAGCGAGAAGAAAAGAGGGGUACAGUGCACGUACGGUCGGUUUGCCGCCUGCCGCGUAGUAGUAGCGUGCCGAUCGAGCAGCGAACAGCGCAGAGCGUCGUCGUUUCUCAGUGUCGCCGCGGCGGUCGUGCCAGACGGUUCUGACAGUAGUUUUUCGUGGCGCGAAACGGUUCGUUUCGAGUGUGUCGAUCGGUGCAACGUGCGAUUUCUUGGAUUACGUACACCUGCCAACGUGCCUGGAGGAUUAUCAAGUUCGUGGAUCGACUCGAAUCGCGAUCGCGGAAUAUUUUAUUUUUGUUUCAUACGUUUUGUGCGCGAGGAUACCGAAGCAUAAGCGAAACGAUAACGGAGCAACUGUACUAAACGGAUCCUCGUGGCGGGUGGGUCGACAAAGAAUCACCGUGAUUCCCCGUGAAUCACGGAAACGACGAAAUGAACAAGUGAUGUCGCGUGUUUGAAAAGUGUUACGUCAAGAUCACGUGCAAUACCGCGGCGCGCCACCGUGCCACUGAAUUUCGAAUUUCGCGCUGCAACUAACCGCGCUCAACACCAGCGGUCAAGUUCAUUGCCUGUGCGCUCGGCCUCGGGCGGUUUUCUCAGUGAAAAGGAAAAGAAGAGCGUGGUUAUUGGUGGCAAUCUCUCGUGGCCGUGGAAGACACGGCGGGUGGCACAUUGUAGCCGUCCUGGGCGGCGUUUGUACAAGUGGAUUUAGCCUUGCGACAGAACACGUGGAUGCAUGCCGAUCUGUCUACGACGCCGUGCUUCUGAGCGACGGUGCUGUCUACACGAAAAUUCGAAGUGCACAAGAAAAUGCGCGUAAGAUCAAGGUGACGGCAGAACAUAGAGAUCAUGCAAGACACCGGUGGGUUGCUGGUCGAUGGCUCGAAAGAAAGUGUCGCGUCGAGUUUGCCAACCACGAAAACAGUGAAUCGGUUGAAAAUAGUGGAAAGUGACGAUGAAAGUGGCGAGCUGCUGAGCGAGACCAAAUCGGAGAUGGAUCCGUACAAGGAGUUUGAGCUGUAUCUCGCCAAAGCCAAUGAAGAGAUCGGUGAAAUCAUCGAGUCGGCCCCGACGACUCCGUUGACCAUCACGGAGGAGCCAAGGUACUCUACGCAGCCAAUAGUCCAGCAAGCGAGCUACUCGAACGAGUCGUACCAACCAAAGCCGUUGCCGACGAGGAUCGUCUUUAGACGACAAAAUUCUGUAGGCAGGAGCUGCCCAGCCGCCGACGACAUUGGCGAUUGGUCCAACAGCAUCCUGGCCGAGUUGAACACGAUCAUCGAGAAGGAGAUCCACGAGCUGACCAAAGAGAAAUCGAGACAGGAGCCUCAGCGUGCCAGAAACAAGGAAGAGACCUCCGUCUUGCGGUACAAGGAGCUGCUGAACGAGUUCGGCAUAUCGGACAGCGAGAGUUCCGCGGGAAGCUCGUGCGGGACGAGCAUCGAUCGAUCAUCGUCCCGGCGAAAUAAGGUGAUCCGCGAUCGACGAAAUGGAAAGUUGUUCUUGGACGAGGCCCAUCGCUUCCUGUUGAACUCGGACUACCACGAGUCGCAGGAACGGACCGUUUCGACGGAAAACGGUGAAAGAAUGAGCGAGAGCCUACCCGAAAACCUGCAGGACGUCGUCACGAGACGUUACCCAGCCGAUGAUGUCACAGACUUCGGGACGGAUUCCUCGCCGAUGAACUUCACGGAGAGUCAGAUCGAUUACACUUCUAGUCUACCCUCGAAGCUGAGGGACGGGUCAAGCGCCAAGUACCUCGAAAGCAGUUACGAUGAACCAAAGAAACACGUAGAGAUAAGCUCGAUGACCAAUGAAGUCGCCAACGAGAGCAAGGUGGUCUCAGCGUCUUCGCGAAUCGACGAGAAAACUAUCGACGAAUCGAACGCCAAAUUGCCACCGAGACAGCGCCCGGACGGUUACAGAAAGAUCAGUCUGCCCGUGAACCUGAUGAACCAGAAACGAAGAAGGGUGCCUAGGCUACCCAGGAUACGAUGCAACGACGAGCAAAUGGAUCUCGAUUGCGACUGCGACGAGGACAAAGUUCGAGGUAGAUCGAGCUCGUUGGACGCGGCUGGGGCGAAAUCGGCCCCAGUCACGCCGACCGAGGAGAAAAGAUCGCCGUUCUCCAAGCUCCUAUGGAAGAAGCACACGCCUGUGUUUCGCGAGAACUCGCAGGACGUUGUUCUCGUGAGAGUGUCCUCGCUACCCGACCAGGACUUCCUCGAUUCGGAGAACGAGAGGGUGAACGGAACCUCGGGCAAGAAGAGGAUUAAUUCGAAGGACGGGCUCGCGAAGAAGAGGGCCGUGUCGCCGUUGACUUUACGAUCUGAUGUGUCCGCGAAGAGGUUGUCAGAGUCUGAUAAGGACGUCAGAGAGAUCAGCCCCGUGGAUCUGAAAAAGUUCACGCUUUCGAGAUCGAGGGCCAACGACGUGGGCGUUAACUGCGAUCUCCCGGAAGACGACAAUGUCGAGUCGGUCGGCAGCGCUGAUAGCGGGAAGUUUGGUCGGAUGCAGAACCUCGACCCGAAGAAAAUAAUGGACGAGCAGAGCUCCGGAUCCGGUUCGCUACCAAUAUCUCUUCAAUCUUUGUUAUCGAAGAUCCGAAACGGUUCUGGCUCUUGUUGCACGGGCAGUCCACCGAUGGAUUCGAUCACUUGCUCCGACAUGGCGACGCAAACUUCGCCAGCUAUUUCGAGAAGUUCGAGUUUUACAUGGGUCAGCGAUUGCGAGUCUCCAAGAGCGGAAUCGCAAAUGGAUUUUCAGUCGUUGCAAGAUGAAAGCACCCUGGAUCCAGCAUCUCUGCAAGACACCGUAGACGACGACAAUAGAUCCUCGUCUUCGUCGCAGGAUUUGCUGCAAAGCAUGGACGAGAUUUCCUCCGGAAGUCUGUCGCCGGAUACAACCGACAGAGCAUCUCCGCUCGAAAGUGGCAUUGGCACCGCUAGCCCUCCCAGAAGUACAGAUCGACGGAUAGUUAAGCCCCCGUCGUCCAACAAGUGCCAUCGCAAGGAGACCUGGGAGAGGAUCAGGCGACGUCCGUCGAAGUUGAGCUCGCGAAACGACAAGCAUUCCCAAGACGUGUGGAUCAAACGCGAGAGCGUGCACACGCAAACGAAAGAAACCGACGACCAAUAUUCCCAGGACGCGGUGGACAGCAGCAGCGGCCUCGACGACACCCUGCCGAGGAUGAAGCCCCUGCGCCCCACGAAUCUACCGCUGUGUCUGUCCACCACCGCGAGCAGUUCGUUAAGCUCUGGAGAAUUGUUGGAAAUGCCUCCACGAGCACCUUCCUCGCCUUCUGCCGCGAGCCUUCAGCUAAAACCAGAACCCUUGACCGUGGAGAUGGGCGGAAAGAGCAGCAGCGCGCCGUUGUUGGAAAAUAACGACGUCGAAAAGACCAAUGGGAAAACGCCGAGUUUGCAGCAGCCACGCUCGCAGUCGGAACGACAACUAUCAGAGAUCGAAGCGCAAGAGGCUUGCAAGUGGCUAAAGGCAGCUGGCUUUCCACAGUACGCACAGAUGUACGAGGAUUACCAGUUCCCGAUAGACGUUUCUGGCGUAGCCAAGGACCACCCCUUCUUGGAGGCUGAUUCCCUGCAGAGUCUGUUUCGACGACUGCAGGCUCUCAAUCGGUGCGCAAACAUGAAAAUCGACACGCAUCACACGCACAGCACCAGCCACAGCAAAAGCGGUGGCGGUGAUGAUUCGGACGAAGACACCCAAUGCGCGCUGAGCGGGAACUGGACCUUCGAGAAGAAGACCAGACGCUGGUCGCGCGUGUGCGACGUGACGCAGGCGAACGUCGAGAGGUUGCAGGCGAUCGCCGGUCAGAACGUGCAAUCGGAGGAGGACUCGUUGGAGGAUCGUCUGGAGGCCGAGGAGGCCGACGACACGAUGCUGGACUCUCUCAGAUACAGCAGUCUGCCGCCCGGAUCGCUUCCCGAUGAGAUCGGUCCCAGAUUUCGAAGAACCGGCUCCGAGAGGCUGAGGGACGGAGCCAAAGCUUUCCUCAGGCGAGUGGAGUCCCUCAAGUCGCGGCGACGAAAGCGUCAGAACCGCGACGGGAUCGUCAUCAGCGGGCCGCAGAUACUGGACAUGAUGUCGAUGCAGCAGAAAAUGAAGAAACUGAAUUGCGUGGACGUGUCGCCGACGGGGCCAGCGCCGAUGUCUUUCAACGAUCUCCCUGGAUCGCCGACGUUACCAGCCUCGCCUUAUCACCUUCCGCCCUCGCCGCUGCUUAACGCGUCGAGCCCGUUCGCCGACGAUUCCUCGAGUUAUUGUUCGGACGGCUCGCAAGGAGGUGGCCCGACGACCACGCCGACGCGCACGAAGAUGAAUCGUGCGAGGAGGUUCCUGCACCGCGGCCGCGAGGAUCAAGGCGCUCUCAGCGACUCCGAGUGCCAGCCUACUAGUUGGCGUCACAGGUACUUCAGAGACGCGAACAGUAAUCAUGCCAAGGUGUUGGAGUACGUGACCGCCCAUCCGCAGAGCCCGAAGGAAUCGCCGACGAAAAGCGCUACCAUUAAUACCCGCGGCGGAAGCCUGAACCUCGGCAAGGAAUCGCAGAGGUACAGGGACAAGUUGUCGCAGGGUCAGGACAGGUACAAGGAGGAUAAGGUGACCGCUUUAAAGAGGGAGGACAAAAUGCACAAGAGCUUCAGACAUCGCGACGAUUCGUUCAGGGAAGGCAAACCUCUGUCCAAAGAGGUCACCGUUUACAGGGAGAAAUCGAGGUCCAGGAGUUCCGAGCUCGCUGGAAGCCAAGAGAGUAGCUCGACGGUAGCCAGCCGCGAUUCCGAUCAGGAAGAGGAUUCACCCAGGCACAAGGGCACCGUCGUCAGGUGGCACAGCUUCCAGAGGGGAUCCCUCUAUCCCGAUCCGCAAAAUCCUCUGUGUCAACGAGCUAUGGCGUCGAUGUCCUGCGGCCAGCUCUUGGUAUUGAGGAAAUUGGCGUUGUUGAAGUUGACCGCCUGCAUGGAACGGUACUGUCCGACCCAUCGCACCGGAUGGAACUGGGAAUUGCCCAAGUUCAUCAGGAAGAUAAAGACCCCUGACUACAAGGACAAGACGGUGUUCGGGGUGCCGUUGCUGCUGUCCCUUCAGAGAACAGGGCAGGCUUUACCAAAGUGUAUUCAAAUCGCUCUGAGGUGGCUGAGGGCCAACGCUCUCGACCAGGUUGGGAUCUUCAGGAAGAGCGGGGUCAGAUCGAGGAUACAGAAGCUGAAGAUGAUGACGGAAACCCAGGGAGACAACAUUAAUUUUGACGGACAGCAAGCCUUCGACGUGGCCGAUCUCGUGAAACAGUACUUCAGGGAGCUGCCGGAGGCUCUGUUGACGAACAAGCUAUCCGAGACUUUCAUCGCUAUCUUCCAACAUGUACCUGCCGAUUUGCGACCAGACGCAGUGCAGUGCGUCCUCUUGCUUCUGCCCGACGAGCAUCGGGAGGCGUUGGAGACUCUGCUCGAUUUCUUGAACCACGUAGCGAGCAACGCUCUCUACAACCAAAUGACAGCCUCGAACCUGGCCGUGUGCCUGGCACCGAGCCUGUUCCACUUCAACCACAGCAACGCGAACGUGACCAACAGGUCGAGCAGCGUAUCGCCACGUAGGAGAAAGACCGUGGGCAUUCCCGAUCAGAGGGAACUGUCGGAAAACAAAGCCGCUCACGACUGUCUUCUGUAUCUGGUCAAGAUGCAUCGUGAAUUAUUCAUGGUCUCCUCGGAUAUGUUGACGCAGUGUACUUUCAAUUACAUGGAGGAAAGCGUCCCGGUCGCCUUGGAGGAGCUUGGCUCCGAGAUGAAGCAAGACUGGAGGGGAUACUUGUACGCCUGCACCACGGCACUAUUGAAGGAGGCGCGUGAAAAAAGUCGAGGAUGGGUGAGCGUCAACAACCCUGCCGACAGCACGGUGGAAAUGGCUUACAAGAAGGUCGGAGAUGGUCAUCCUCUUCGAUUAUGGCGAGUGUCAACGGAGGUGGAGGCUCCACCGAACGAGCUUCUUCAUCGUGUUCUGAGAGAGAGGCACAUCUGGGACCCACAGCUUCUCAAGUACAGACUGGUUGCCAAGUUAGACACCAACGUGGAGGUCUUUCAAUACGCCACCGGGAAUAUGAGUCCUCUUCCUGCUAGGGAUUAUUGCGUGCUAAGAUCCUGGCGUAACGAUCUCCCCAAAGGGGCCUGCGUCAUCGUGGAAACGUCCGUGAAACAUCCGGAUGCCCCUGUCAUGCUUGGCGGAACACGUGGUAUUGUUUUGGCCUCGCGCUAUCUUAUCGAACCCUGCGGUAGUGGUAAAUCACGGAUCAUGCAUCUUUCCAGAGUGGAUACAAAAGGACGCACUCCGGAAUGGUACAACAAAAGCUACGGUCACCUCGCCGCCCUCCACCUCAGCAAAAUUCGCAACUCCUUCAAGCACACUACCGACGGUCCUGAAAGCAAAGUCUGAGAGGAGGCAACCGUGCAGCGGUCACCGUUGCACGGUACUUACACGACUCUACAAGAGCAGGACGACCAGCACCAGGACCUCAGGAUCUUGAAAGAGCUGCGACACGUCGAGCCUACCAUCGACGAGGAAUGAAAGAGGCUCGGGCUUGCGUCAGUUUCGUCGAUUCUGCGUCCAAAGUGCUCCAAAGGAGAUUAGAAAUCCGCGAGAGCAGCGAUUCGUUAUCGAAAAUGGACACCGACGUAGAUUUCACGAGUCUAGAAAAAACGAAUUACCAGUUACGCGCAUGCGCUUUAAUCGAUGUGAAGCAAUUUCUGUUGAAGCCUGAGAUGUUUAGCGUAGACGUCGAAUUGUUGUCAAUCGUUAAAGAGGGAAACAGUUUAUUGUUAUUGUAAUUAUAGACGAAAAUUCUCUGUGUGACGCUUCAUUGUCCAAGGAUCUUGCCGUCCAGUAAUCGCGAAAGUCGUUAAAGGCAGGAUACCGGUUUAAAAAGAACGACGAGAGUUGGCGCGUACCGAUGUUGUUCCAUUUACGAUCUUGACGGACGCGUCAGGACUAAUAGCGAGUAGCUUGUAGUUUUGUGUCCAGUAGGGAAGAGAAUCUCUUGCUCUGGAUCAAAUGUGCUUGGUACGUCUCGGAUAGGUUGGUAUUGGGUCAGACUUGAAGAAGCUGCUGCGUGUAUACGAUGCUAUACAACCUGCUUUGACCAUCGCCGCAACCUCAGACAUUAAGGUCGUUCGCUCAACGUCUUCGCCUAACAUGCCAUUGAUAACGUGUCCGCAUACUGUUGCUCCUAGAGAACCUGAGCGCAGGGUCAUACAUCCCGUCGAUGUCUGUGUACACAAGUUGAUAUAUAUGGUGGCACCAUUCGUGUGAAUGUUGUACUUGCGUGAUUGUCCAAUUUCUGAUGUUGCGCUGAUCGCGAUUGCGCUGGUUGUUGUGCUAUGCGCACUUGUCUGUCCCGAUGUCUCUAAACCCACACCUCUGCGUCGUACAUCAUCCUGCCCAGGUAAGUUCGAAUCGUGUUCGAUUCCCGGCUAACUCCUGCGGAGUUGGGACGUCCCGUUCUUCCAAGACGUCCGAUGUUAUCGUUAUCAGCAGUUCCAAAACGCUCGUCAUCAGUGAAGAGAAAAAAUGACUCGCUAAUGGAUCUAGAUCCUAGCUGAGAGCUACCUGGCAAGGAUGCGCCUUCGAUGGUAGCGCUUCGAUAAUCGUGCGUCGAAUAGAUAUGUAUUUCGAUCAUCGUAACCGCUGAAAAAAAUAAGAUACGUUGCAGUAUGUGUAAUUCCGCGUCGCACGAUAUUUUUUAAUCUCACCAAAUGAACGAAGUGGAGGAAGAGAGCCGCGCACAAUAUUAAUAAAUUCGCACCGUUUUAGUACAUAAGAGCCCGUAUUUUGUAUGUUUCUUUCGGACCAAAUGCCAAUUUUUCUAUUGUAUCAUAUCGCGCCGUUCGUAUCGUGCCCAGAGAUGGUUAUUUUAGAUCGAUUAUUUUGUAAAUUGUCACGAUUUAGACGAGCGACCGUGUAAAGAGCAUAGCAGUAUAUUGUAUGUAUGUGUAUAUCUAUUUAUAAACAACAAAAAUUCCGACGACGACGGGACGCGUUCACGACAUAUCGUUUUCGACUCCGUGAAUGCGUGUUCCCGAUCGUCGUACUUGGAGCGAACUACCACCCUUUCCCCCAAUCUAGCGAUUAACCCGAUUAAUCGAGCAAUGCGAAAGGAUUUUGAGUAAAUGUGUAAGUUUUUCCGAGUCACGGACGCCACGUGACCAGGCGCGCCGUGUAAACUCGUUAAUUAAGCAAUUCGUCGUUGUCACUCGUAUCGAUGUUGAAACGUUGAAAGCUGUCAUAGAGUCUAUUGUUAAUUGUCUGUCUGAAAAAAAAAAAAAAAUCGUAAGUGUGUGUCGAGUCGGUGAUUCGUGAAACUAAAGAGUUUUUCAAAAGGGGCUUCGUUUUCUAAUAAAACACAAACGGUUUUUAUUUCAACUGAAAAUACACACGAUUACGGUUAAACGUGAAAGAUGACGUACUAGUGUCCACGGCUGCGCUGACAGACAUUAUUGCUAUUGAAGAACAAAAUCCUAUGGCAAUUUUUGAAAAAUUCUUUACUUUUUAACCGGUUCUCGGCCAGUCGAGCAUUUAAAAACGAUCGUCGUUCGAGAUCAAUUUCGUGCAUGCGCACGCGACUUCGCGCAAUAGGGACCACCAUCGUUCGGACCCCGAAACAGGAAACGACCUGGAGAAAUAAUACACCUCAUCGAAUCGAAUUAUAAAUGUAUUUUAACAUAAUACUAGUCACUUACAGUUAGAUGAAAUUAUGGAAAUACGAUAUAAGUGUAUAGAUUUUUAUUCUACAAAACGUUAUGUCGAGAAUAUUUAAUUAUUAUUAUUA